CUAUCAUGCCAUUUCAUAGAAUUGUUGUCUUUGUAGUUUUGUUUUAAACGAGAUUUGGUUGAUGGAAUCGUGUUAUCUCGUGAUGGACUUCACGGAGUGUUACGGUGACACGGUGUCCAGCGUGGCGGCUGCCGCCCGGUCCGGCUGCGCGAGGCGGGUUCGGAGGCUGAUCCGGAGCGGGAGCAGCGUGAAGUCCCGGGACAACCGCGGCUGGAGCCCGCUGCACGAGGCGGCGGCGGCGGGCAGCAGGGAGUGUGUGCGGGAGAUCCUGUCCGCUGCAGGCGGCUCUUCAGGUGACAUCUGUGACUACGUGAACUCUCUGACACACGAGGGGGAGUCUGCAUGUUACCUGGCAGCGCAGCGUGGACACCUGCCGGUGGUCCGACUCCUCCUCAAAGCUCAUUCAGACAUCAACCAGCUCACGAACGACCUGUCCUGUCCUCUGUAUGCAGCAGUGGACAACGGGCACAGGGAGGUGGUGGAGCUGCUGCUCGGUAAAGGGGCGGAGGUCAACAGAGCGCACACGGCGUCCUGCUGGACCUGCCUUCACCAGGCUGUCUACAAGGGUCACAGUGAAAUUGUCCGCCUUCUUGUUGACGUUUGUGACCUUGAGUCUGUGGACGACCAUAAGAUUUCUCCGCUCUUUCUGGCUGCGCAGUACGGACAGAAGGAAUGUCUGGAAAUACUUGUUAAUGCUGGCGCUGACGUGAACACCCGGUCAGCUGACCUGGCCACGCCGCUGCUCAUCGCCUCUCAGGAGGGUCAUGAGGCCUGCGUGGCUCUCCUGCUGGAUCACGGAGCGGAUCCGAACGCCGCCUGCAGUCAGGACUGGCCUCAGCUCCCCAUUCACGCCGCCGCCGAGUUCAGCCACAUUGGGAUCCUUCGGCGGCUGAUAGCCGCCACAGACCGUUCGUGCGACCGCGGCGCGGGGAUGGUCAGUCCGCUGUACGUGGCCGUGCACGGCGACAGGAGCGAGAGCGUGAAGCUGCUGCUGGAGGAAGGCUUCAGCCCGGACGCUCAGGACUGCACACACACGCUGGAUCUGCACUCGCCACUCUCCUUAGCACUUUGUCAACCCACCAGAAAACCGUACAGUGAGUCCGUGAGGCUGCUGGUGGCUGCAGGAGCCAGUCUGAGAGAGGAGGACUGGCUUCACGUCUUCUCCACCGACCAGACGGGGCUGCUGCAGCUGCUGCUCCGCUACAAGUGGAUCCCCCCACCGCGCGCUCUGACCUCUGACCCCUCCGGAGCCCCCCGCCACGGGAAGACCGCCAUGAAGCUGCAAGAGCUGAGAGAGAUGAUCUGUGUGGCUCUGAGCCAGCUGCCGUUCGCCGCCUGCUGGCUUCCUCUGCUGCUGCAGGCCGGACUGGAGCCCACGCUGCUGCUUCAUCCUCACAUGUUGGAGCAGGCUGAUGGUGGUGUGUUGAAUUACCUUCUGGAGUUUGUGAACUGGUGGACUCUGCCUGCGGCUCUGAAGCACAUUCUGGAUCGAAGGCGGUCAGAAAGGACAUGGGAGCCAUGCCCGCACUUCGGCUCCACCCCCCGCCUCAGCCACCUGUGCCGCCUGCAGCUCCGGGACGUGCUCGGUCCAGACCGACUGAUGAGGACCGAUGUAGUCCAACGGCUUCCCAUCCCGCCGCCGCUUCACCGCUUCCUGACGUUCAGAGACAUUCCCGAGGCGUCCUACACCGUGACAGACCGGAUCGAACGCCAGCAGAGCGCACACCAGCACAGACACGUUCUGUAGAUGUUUCAGAUCCUCUGGGAUUCGGCUUGUUUACUUUGACCAUGUCAAAAACACAUCUGCUCUUCUUAAAGGGCAAAUUAACCUCUUUCUAAAAUUGUGGCACCUCAGCAUCAUUAGUUUAAAUCUUAUUUCAAAAGGGCUCUUAUCUCUUUGCUAAAACGGAUGAAAUUGCUGGAAAAAAGCUGUCAAAGUGGAAAAAAAAUUGGGUUGGAAAUGGUAAAAAUAGAUAAAAACCUCAACAACAAAAAAUCUGAGGUGAAGCAGCAGAAAUCACUCAAAAAAAUGAAAAAUAAAAGUAAAGAAAAAAAGGUGAAACUGCUAAAAUGAAUAAAACAACGGAAACAAGUACAUGAGAAAAAUGCUUCAACAAAAGGUUAAAGAAAAAGCUAAAAUCAAAAUGGAAUACGAUAUAGUUACAAAGCUUGUUAUAAUUAAGAUGUAGUUUUUAUAUGGAUAUGGCAACUAUUUAUACAGCUGUAUGAAGUACAGUGACCUUGGGUGACAUCUAAAUAAAAGGUAUUGUGUUAUCCUUGUUUUAGUGUUUUUGUUUUGUGGAAUUUGGCAGAAACUGCUCUUUAGGUCAGAAUAUUUCCGGUUAUUUCCAUUGAUUUGUGACUGUGCCUCAUUACUUUAGUAAGUCAGAGAUCUUUUUUUUCAAGUGAAAGUGUAAAUCGACCAAUGUCAAAGUUUUCUAACAUGCACCCUGCCAUUCAUUUCACUUCAAAUUGGGACAUUUCAGAGAACAUAGGCAAUGCUUACAUGCCUUCUUGCCUGUUAACAGUUAUGUACUGAUGUGAUCCUCACUUAUCUUGUAAAAGAAUGCUUAAUGUUGACACU